GGGUGGGAGGAAGGUCUUAAAGUGCCCACUGUGUGUUAGGACUCGAGAAAGAGGAGGCGGGCGGCAGGCAUGGAAGCUGAGGGGAUAGUAGAGAGAAGCUGAGAGGACAGCCGCAGGAAAGAUUUGGAUGAGAUGUCAGGACGCUGGCUUUUCUGCCUGGGGAUCUAGGCUGCUUGGAUUCCCAAGGUCUUGGGAAGGGUCUAGCCCUGCAUGUGGCCACAUUCAGCUGGGGCCAGGCCUUGGGCCAGCACUUUAAUAGGGAAGGACCCAAGAGUCAUGGCCUGGUGGUGUCUGGAUGGGAUUCCCCCAGGCCUUGCUGAGCCAUGGAGAGAACUCUGGAGAUGGCGCUCAAGACCCCUGCACUUAAGGAGGAGGGUAAAGGCACUGCCCAGAAUCCUGAAAGGGAACAUAGAUGGCUGGAGACAGAAUCUAGAGCCUUCAAAUAAUGUGGAGAUGUUUCCACCUUCAGAUUCCACUGGGCUGAUUCCUCCCUCCCAUUUUCAAGCUCGGCCCCUUUCAACUCUGCGGAGAAUGGCUCCCACCUGGCUCUCAGACAUUCCCCUGGUCCAACCCCCAGGCCAUCAAGAUGUCUCAGAGAGGCGACUAGACACCCAGAGACCUCAAGUGACCAUGUGGGAACAGGAUGUUUCCAAUGACAGGCAGGAGCCAGGGCGGAGAGGCAGGUCCUGGGAGCUGCAGGGAUCACAGGCCCUGAGCCAGCAGGCUGAGGUGAUCGCUCGGCAGUUGCAAGAACUGCGGCGGCUGGAGGAGGAGGUCCGGCUCCUGCGGGAGACCUCACUGCAGCAGAAGAUGAGGCUAGAGGCCCAGGCCAUGGAGCUGGAGGCUCUGGCACAGGCGGAGAAGGCUGGCCGAGCUGAGGCUGAGGGCCUGCGUGCUGCUUUGGCUGGGGCUGAGGUCGUCCGGAAGAACUUGGAAGAGGGGAGCCAGCGCGAGCUGGAAGAGGUUCAGAGGCUGCACCAAGAGCAGCUGUCCUCUUUGACACAGGCUCACCAGGAGGCUCUUUCCAGUUUGACCAGCAAGGCCGAGGGCUUGGAGAAGUCUUUGAGUAGUCUGGAAACCAGGAGAGCAGGGGAAGCCAAGGAGCUGGCCGAGGCUCAGAGGGAGGCCGAGCUGCUUCGAAAGCAGCUGAGCAAGACCCAGGAAGACUUGGAGGCUCAGGUGACCCUGGUUGAGAAUCUAAGAAAAUAUGUUGGGGAACAAGUCCCUCCUGAGGUCCACAGCCAGACAUGGGAACUGGAGCGACAGAAGUUUCUGGAAAACAUGCAGCACUUACAGGAGGACCGGGAUGGCCUGCACGCCACCGUGGAGCUGCUGCAGGUGCGGGUGCAGAGCCUCACGCACAUCCUCGCCCUGCAGGAGGAGGAGCUAACUAGGAAGGUUCAGCCUUCAGAUUCCCUGGAGCCUGAGUUUACCAGGAAGUGCCAGUCCCUGCUGAACCGCUGGCGGGAGAAGGUGUUUGCCCUCAUGGUGCAGCUAAAGGCCCAGGAGCUGCAACACAGCGACUCUGUUAAGCAGCUGAAGGGACAGGUGACCUCACUCCAGGAACAAGUAACAGCCCAGAGCCAGGAGCAGGCCAUUCUGCAGCGAUCCCUGCAGGACAAAGCCGCAGAGGUGGAGGUGGAGCGGAUGGGUUCCAGGGGCCUGCAGUUGGAGCUGAGCCGUGCUCAGGAGGCCAGGCGCCGGUGGCAGCAGCAGACAACCUCAGCCGAGGAGCAGCUGAGGCUUGUGGUCAAUGCCGUCAGCAGCUCUCAGAUCUGGCUCGAGAGCACCAUGGCUAAGGUGGAAGAGGCUGCUGCCCGGCUUCCCAGCCUCAACAACCGACUCAGCUAUGCUGUCCGCAAGGUCCACACCAUUCGGGGCCUGACUGCUCGAAAGCUUGCCCUUGCUCAGCUGCGCCAGGAGAGCUGUCCCCUACCACCACCAGUCACAGACAUGAGCCUUGAGUUGCAGCAGCUGCGGGAAGAACGGAACCGCCUGGAUGCAGAACUGCAGCUGAGUGCCCGCCUCAUUCAGCAGGAGGUGGGCCGGGCUCGGGAACAAGGGGAGGCAGAGCGGCAGCAGCUGAGCAAGGUGGCUCAGCAGUUGGAGCAGGAGCUGCAGCAGACCCAAGAGUCCCUGGCUAGCUUGGGGCUGCAGCUGGAGGUGGCACGCCAGGGCCAGCAGGAGAGCACAGAGGAGGCUGCCAGUCUGCGGCAGGAGCUGACCCAGCAGCAGGACCUCUACAGGCAAGCCCUGCAAGAGAAGGUGGCUGAAGUGGAAACUCGGCUGCGGAAGCAACUCUCAGACACAGAGAGGAGGCUGAACGAGGCUCGGAGGGAGCAUGCCAAGGCCGUGGUCUCCUUGCGCCAGAUUCAGCGCAGAGCCGCCCAGGAAAAGGAGCGGAGCCAGGAACUCAGGCGUCUGCAGGAGGAGGCCCGGAAGGAGGAGGGGCAGCGACUGGCCUGGCGCUUGCAGGAGCUGGAGAGGGAUAAGAACCUCAUGCUGGCCACCUUGCAGCAGGAGGGUCUCCUCUCCCGUUACAAGCAGCAGCGACUGUUGGCAGUUCUUCCUUCCCUACUGGAUAAGAAGAAAUCUGUGGUGUCCAGCCCCAGGCCUCCAGAGUGUUCAGCAUCCGUACCUGUAGCAGCAGCAGUACCCACCAGGGAAUCCAUAAAAGGGUCCCUCUCUGUCCUGCUCGAUGACCUACAGGGCUUGAGUGAAGCCAUUUCCAAAGAGGAAGCUGUUUGUCAAGGAGACAACCUUGACAGAUGCUCCAGCUCCAAUCCCCAGAUGAGCAGCUAAGCAGCUGAGAGCCCAGGGAAAGCCAGCCUGGGGGCUGGGAGGAUCCUGGAGAAGUGGGUGGGGACUAGACGAGCCCUUCCCCCUUCCAGGGUCACCCUGGGGGACACCAGCUGAGUCUAAAUUCUGCUCUAAAUAAAGACAACUACCGUAGGA